AUGAGUAAUGUAAUUUUUAAUUCAUUAUGUUGGCUAGUUAAAGAAAAUAAUAAAAGCAUAUUAAAAAAAACAAAAUUUAGAAAGGAUUAUAGUUCAACAUCUUUAAUAAAAAAUAAGAAGGCAACAUGUGUUAUAAAUAAUGAAGAUAUUACAAAUAUAAUAUAUCAUAAAAAUAAAUAUAAUAAUAAAUAUAGUAGUUAUCAUUUUUUAAAAUGUGUUAAUGACAAAAAUAAAUUUCAAGUAAAAAAUAAUAUUUGUGGAUAUAACCCUCUUUUAAAUAAUACUCUUGAGAAUGUAUAUAAUGAAAAAUAUAAACAAAAAUGGUCUGGAAGUCUUUCAUAUUUUUGUUCUUUUAUUAUGAAAAAAGAAUAUGAAAAUACAAGAAAUGUAAAAACACCUACAAAUAUUAAUAUAGAUAGAUAUAAAUAUGAAAAUAUAAAUAAUAUAUAUACACAUAAAAAUAGAUAUAUUUUUACCUUCAAUAUGAAAGAUAAAGACAAUAACAAGAGUGGACAGAAAAAUAUUGAAGAAAAUAAAAAAAAAAUGCAAGUAGAUAAAGAGAAAAAUAUAGAUAAUAAUAAUAAUAAUAAUAAUAUUUAUAAUAAUAUUGAUAAUAAUAUUGAUAAUAAUAUUCAUAAUAAUAAUAAAGAUAUUCCAAACGUUAUAAAAAAUGAUAAUUUAAUGACAAAUGAUAACUUAAUAAAAUUAAAGAAGAAGAAUAUAAAUAUUUCAGAUAAUAAUAAGAAAGAUUUAAAAAAAGGACAACAUUUUUUAAAAAUAAAUUAUUUAAAAAAUAUGUAUUUUUUACUUUUAAGUAAACGAAUGAAAGAAUGUUUAUAUAAUUUAAAAUGUAAACAUAGUUAUAGAAGAUUAAUGAAAAGAAUAAAGAAAGAAAAAGAUAAAAUAAAUAAUAUUUUUUUAAAAUAUCAAAUAAAAAAAGGAAAUAUAAAAAUAAAUUUUAAUGAACAUACAUAUAGAAAAGCUUUAAUGAAUAUGAAAAAGAAUAUAUUUACAUCUUUAAAACGUAAUCGAAAUAAAUCUUUAAUGGAUGUAUAUUAUGAAGAAAAAAAAAAAUAUAAAUUAAGAAAACAAAAAUUAUUAGAAUUACAAACAAAAAUUAAAAAUAAUUCACAAAUUGCACAUUCAAGUAUUAAAAGAUUUUUUAAAAAAUAUGGAUAUGUAGGAUUAGGAACUUAUUUUUUUGUUUUCUUAUUAACUUUCUGUACAUCUUAUUUUUUUGUACAUUUCAAAUAUAUUUCUUUAGCAGAUCUUAAAUAUGUAUCAGAAAAAAUGCACUUGAAUAAAUAUAUAGAUGAUAAUUUACAUAAAAAAAUAGAUUCCUUAUGGGGAGAAUUAAUCUUUGCUUAUGUAGCUUCAAAAAUUACUGAACCAAUCAGAAUUAUAAUAACUAUUCUUAUUACACCUUAUAUAGCAAGAGCUAUCAAAUUUAAGAAAAAAAGUAGACUCCUUUGA